AUGGCCUCACCAAACACGGCUGUGGGAGGUCGCAAGAAGAAGGUAGCAACUGGGACGCGCAAGGGCGUGACGCCAGAGGCCCUCGUUCCACUUGAUGCACCAACGCAGCCGCGUAGCUACCUUAUGCCGUCGGCGACGUCGCGUAAGGCUGUUCCGGCAGUAUUCGCCCGUAAGCGCGCUCGUUCCGCAGCGUUCGACGAAGAAGACGACGAGCUCGCAGGUUCGGAGGAUGGUGCAGCAGAUGGUCCCGUAUCAACUGCUGAAGCCGAUGCCAUUGCAGCCAAGCGAAGGCAAAACACGCUUGCUGCACGUCGCAGCCGCAAACGUAAGCUGGAAUACCAACGUGAACUCGAAGAGUCCCUUGAGGCGGAGAGGAGGGAGAAGGAGAUGUGGCGCGAGCGCGCAAUGAUGCUUCGUACACAGGUGAUGCAGUUCGGUGUACCUGACCCUUUCAGGGACUCGUAA